GUUUUUUAAACAUCAUAAAACUGGGGUUGCUUUCCUGAAUUGCCCUACUAGAGUUAUCUGCCCUCAAGAUGGCUGCUGUCACUAAAAGUGGUCUUGACAAGAACAACAAAUAUGAUCGACAACUGAGAUUAUGGGGGGAUCAUGGCCAAUCAGCUUUAGAAUCUGCUCGAGUGUGUUUGAUAAAUGCUACAGCCACAGGAACAGAGAUACUAAAAAAUCUCAUUUUACCAGGUAUUGGAUCAUUCACGAUAGUAGAUGAACAUAAGGUACAAGGAGAAGAUGUGGGUAAUAAUUUCUUUUUGUCAAAAGAGAGCAUUGGAAGUUCAAGGGCAAGAACAGCUACAGAACUUUUAUCAGAAUUAAACGAAGAUGUAUCAGGAGAUUUUAUAGAAGAGUCUCCAUCAAAUCUUAUAGAAAAUAAUCUGGACUUCUUUGCAUCAUUUACAAUUGUGAUAGCUACCAAUAUGCAUGAAAAGUCAUUACUACUGCUGGGAGAACUAUUAUGGAAUCUACAUGUACCGUUGUUGAUAUGUCGUUGCUAUGGUUUUAUUGGUUAUAUACGUCUGGUUGUUAAAGAACAUAAUGUUAUUGAAUCUCAUCCCGACAGUACACAUGAAGAUUUACGAUUAGAUCGACCAAUCCCAGCCUUUGUUACAUUAUGUGAUUCGUUAGAUAUGUCUAGUAUGAAUAAAAAGGAUCAUUCCCACACUCCCUGGUUAAUAGUUUUAUAUAAAUAUUUACAACAGUGGAAAGAUUCGCAUGGUGGACAACUUCCUAAAAUCUAUAAAGAAAAAUCACAGCUUAAAGAACUUAUUAGAAAUGGUGUGUUAAAAAAUAAAGAUGGUGUUCCAGAAGAUGAAGAAAACUUUGAUGAAGCUGUUAGAAAUGUUAAUACAGCGUUACAUCCUACUUCAGUACCAUCAGAUGUUCAGAAAUUAUUUCAAGAUCCUUUAUGUCUUAAUUUAACAUCAGAGAGUAGACCAUUUUGGAUUUUAACACGAGCUGUAAAAGAUUUUGUUGAACAUGAAGGUCAAGGUGCGCUGCCUGUUCGAGGAACUAUACCAGAUAUGACAUCAGAUUCUGAACGUUACAUCAGGUUACAAUCAGUAUAUCGUGAUCAGGCCGCUAGAGAUAUAGCUGCUGUAACACGUCGAGUUCAUACGUUACUACAGGAACUAGGUCAAGAUGAACCUCUGCUAGGUUGCAACCAGUUUAAAACAUCCAGUCUUCUACAUUCAAACCCUUGUAGUAUUAGUGAAAAAGAUAUCAAAACAUUUUGUCGUAAUUCUGCCUUUCUUCGUGUAAUAAGAUGUAGAAGUUUAAAGGAAGAAUAUAAUCCAGAAACUGCAAAUUUAACUUUAAUAGGUCAACAUUUAGAGGAUGAAGAUGGUGAUGACGUGGUAUUUUAUACGUUACUACGAUCUGUAGAUAAAUUCUACGAGAAAUAUAACCACUACCCUGGCUAUUAUACACAACAGGUCGAAUCAGAUAUAACAGAAUUAAAGGCAUGUUUAUCAAAGUUAUUACAAGAUUGGUCUAUAUCUUCUACAGUUAAAGAUGAUUAUAUUCAUGAAAUGUGUAGAUAUGGUGCCUCGGAACUUCACACAAUAUCAGCUUAUAUAGGUGGUGUAGCCGCUCAAGAAGCUAUUAAAAUGGUCACAAGUCAAUUUCUACCCAUCAAUAAUACUUACAUCUAUAACGCCAUGAAACAAUCAUCAACAACAUUAGAUUUAUAAAUUAUAUAUAAAUAUUGUACAAUAAAAUAUAGCUCUUGGUUUUCAUAGUA